UAACAUUAACCUUAUUCCAAAUGUUUACGUAAAGGUUGGUGUUGAGACGGACUAGUUAAAAUAAAUGAAAAAUAUGUGAGACUUUGUUCAACAUUUCUCGCGUUCAUGUUAAGGAAUAUCUUAAUUAUUUUUCUUCAUGAGAUAGCACCACCGGGCUUAACUUAAAAUUACAUAACAGAAAAUGGAGAAGUAUGGACAGCGUCAGAAUGUGCGGAUUCUUUUGAUCGGCGACAGGGGUGUUGGGAAAACUUCACUUAUCUUGUCUCUGGUGAGCGAGGAAUUUGCUGAAGAUGUGCCCUACCGAGCAGAGGAGAUAACGAUUCCGCCUGAUGUCACGCCAGAACACAUUCCCACCAAUAUUGUUGAUUACUCAGCUGCGGAGCAGACUGAGGAGCAAUUGAUCGAGGAAGUGAACAAAGCUGACGUUAUUUGUGUGGUCUACUCUGUGGAGAAUGAGGAGUCCUUGGAUCAGGUUCGGGUGCACUGGCUGCCACUUCUCCGUCACUGCCAAAACAGUUCCAACACUCGCCCGGUCAUCUUAGUCGGAAACAAAGCUGACCUCAUUGAGUGGUCCACCUUGCAGACUUCCAGCCUUUUUAUGGAGGAAUUUCCAGAGAUUGAAGCGUGGCUUGAGUGUUCGGCUCGAAGUUUAUUCAACAUUUCUGAGAUGUUUUAUCACGCCCAAAAAGCUGUGCUUCACCCAGUCGGACCUCUUUAUUCCCUUGAAGAUCAAGAGCUGACGUUUGCAUGCGAGGAGGCCCUGAUUAGAAUAUUCAAAAUCUGUGACGUGGAUAACGAUGAGCUGCUCAGUGACAGAGAGUUUAAUGCAUUUCAAAUGCAUUGUUUUAACGAGCCCCUUCACCCAACCACCAUUCAGAGUCUCAAGUCAAUAAUUGACAACUCGAUUUCCAAUGGCUUGAGAAAUAACUGCAUCACCAAAUCAGGAUUCCUAUUUUUGCAUUGCACUUUUAUUCGGAGAGGUCGAAGUGAAACUACGUGGACUGUGCUCAGGAAGUUUGGUUAUGAUGACGCCCUUGAGCUCAGCGAUGACUACCUCUUCCCAAAGAUUCGGAUCCCCACUGGGGCGUCGACAGAGCUGUCACUACGUGGCCAGCAUUUCCUAAGCACACUGUUUGUCAAGUACGACAAGGAUGGUGAUGGUGCCCUAAAUCCUGAGGAACUCCAAGAGUUGUUCAGCACUUGUCCUAGACAAGCGUGGGAUGGAUUGGCACAGCAGGGCGUGAAAAAUACUCCGCAGGGGUGGAUCACAAUGCAAGGGUUCAUGAGUCAAUGGGCCCUGAUCACCCUUCUCUCAGUAAACACCACCCUCGAGUACUUGGCCUAUUUUGGAUACCCGUACCUGGAGGGAGAGAGCCAGUCUAAUGCUAUUUCAGUGACCAGAGAACGUCAAUUGGACUGGUUGAAAAAGCAGUCAAGCCGCACAGUGUAUGAGUGCGCGGUCAUUGGAGCCAAAGGCUGUGGUAAAACUGCAUUUUGCCGAGCCAUGCUCAACCACUCGCUCUCGGACACGAACCACCCACCCUGUCUCUCGACUCCGAGUUGGUAUGCAUGCACACUUCAAGUGUACGGGCAAGACAAAGUGUUGGUGUUGAGAGACGUUGACCUCGAGAGCACUUCAACUCCUUUGACUGCCGCAGAUUUAAGAGGGGACGUUACUUGCUUAACGUACAACCACUCAGAUCCAUCGUCUUUUGAAUAUGUCGCGCGCAUUUUCUUGAAGUACUUUGUCGACUGUAAGGAGCCGGUGCUGAUGGUGGCCUGCAAGGGCGACCUCCCGAAAGCCAAGCAGGACUACCUGCUGCAGCCGGCCGCCUUCUGCCAAAAACACCGUCUCCCGCCACCCCACAUGUUCACUGCCAUGGACCAGCCGGUCGAGAAGGAAAUAUACCUGAAGCUCGCAACGAUGGCCGCUUUCCCCCGAUUUCAAGCAGCUUGGGUACUUUUCUACAAAACCAGGCAUUUACGAGAUCUGAAGUUACUCCGAGAAAUUACUGCGUCGUGGUGGAAAACGAGCAUCACCCUGGCGAUCGCUGCGGCCCUUGGUCUCUUUCUGAUGCGCUGCUUAAAGCCGCAGAACGCUUAGCCUCCUCAUUUCGCACUAAUGGGUGCACACACACCUUUUCCAGCGGGCUGGCCGAGUGAGCAGCCGUCGUUGUUUGUUUUCCAAACAGAGCGUUAGUUUUAUUUUUCUUUAGUCCACACAUGUAUACAUUGAAAAUGUCUUUUAAAACUGUCUUUUGUGCGCUGAAUCGAGACUGGUCAUGGUUUUUUAACGUGUUUACUAAUAUCGAAAUUCACUGUUAAAACCUGCGAUUUUGGAACUUUUCAUCUCAAAUCUUUUGCUGGAUUUCAACGGCAUCGCCCAAUUAAGCUUUUUUUUCAAGGUAAAGAGCUUUCUCCACUACAUGGCUCUCUAUUUCCAACGGACAUUUUUGACUACUUCGCAAAGUACCAAUUUACUCGACUAUACAGUUUUCCUAUACAAAUAUGCCAAUCUCGCAGGUUUCCAUAAUAUAUACCAUAAUAAAAACCUGACACUCAAGCACCAAAAAUAGGACUGCGUCAUCCAGAAUUCAGCAGCAACGACGUUUCCAGUCCUAGUCAUGUAACGACAGCUUAUUUUUGUUCAAAGACUCGUUUUAAACUUUUCCCUUGUAGAGGGGAAAACCAACAUUGUAUCUAAGAGAGAGAGAGCUGAUGAUAAUCUAUAUUGGAAAGUGUGUUAAUCAAUUGUACCGCAGAAUACGAAUAUAAAUUAUCAAAAGAGACAGA